CACCAGCCUCGGACCCCGGCUUGCUUCUCUUUUGAGCACGGACGCUGUUGGACGACGACGGAGAAGAUGGACCCCAUCCUCAUAGGCGUCGCGGCGCGCGACCGGAAGGCCAGAAGCAAGCCCAUGUCCCAGAUCCUCAACAGGAUACUCUCUAAUAAAGAUGUCGACUGCCAGAUUGUCAACUUUGGCGACAAGGUCCUCCUCGACGAACCACCGUCGUCUUGGCCCGUUGUCGAUGUCCUCAUCUCUUUCUUUUCCGAUGGGUUCCCACUCGACAAGGCCAUUGCCUACGUGGACCUUCGGAAACCCGUCCUCGUCAACGAUCUGCGCCUCCAAAAGGUCCUCUGGGAUCGGCGCGCUGUCCUGGCGAUCCUCGACUCCAUUGAUGUGCCCACGCCUUUCCGGGUGGAAGUGGACCGCGACGGAGGUCCGCGCUUUGAGGAGCAGGUAGAGGACGAUCUCAGACGUCGGCUGAAGGUUGACUUUCGCGCCACGAGUCCAGCAAAGGUCUCGUGCAAGCUCAAGGACGGCGAUCCUGACACGCUCGUCGUGACAAGGACUUCCCAUGACGGCAAGCACAUAGACGAGACCACCAUCAAGAAGCCCUACGUCGAGAAGCCGGUCAGUGGAGAGGACCACAACAUUCACAUCUAUUUCUCCCAGGCAAGAGGCGGUGGCGGAAGGAGGCUCUUUAGAAAGGUUGGCAACAAGUCAUCGGAGUAUGACCCAGACUUGACCGAACCGAGAACAGAAGGCUCUUACAUCUACGAGCAGUUCAUGGACGUCGACAAUGCCGAAGACGUGAAAGUCUACACGAUUGGACCCGGCUUUGCUCAUGCCGAGACAAGGAAAUCACCCGUUGUCGACGGCAUGGUGAAGCGAAACCCUGACGGCAAAGAGAUUCGCUACAUUACCAAUCUGAACGAACAAGAGCGAAAGAUGGCGAGCGACAUCUCCACCGGCUUCAAGCAGAACAUCUGCGGCUUUGACCUGCUCAGGGUCGGCAACAAAAGCUAUGUCAUUGACGUCAAUGGAUGGAGCUUCGUCAAGGGAAACGACUAUUACUAUGACAAGUGUGCCGAAAUCUUGACAAAGUUCUGCAAGACGAGUGUCCCGAGACGGACGCUGAGCGAGGUUCCUCCAAGAGGCGAGACUGAACAGUCGAGCUGGACGCUUAAGGCAAACGUGACCGUCUUUAGGCACGGAGAUCGCACGCCCAAGCAAAAGCUCAAACGCUCGUUCAAGCCAAAGGACGGCUGGACUGCACCCCUCAUUGAGCUACUCCAAGGUCGAAGAGAAGAGAUCAUCUUGCGCAAGAACCUCGAGAUUGUCUCUCAAGCUGCCCAGAAGGCGCUUGAGCUGCCUGGCGCCGCAAAAGAAGACUUGAACCUCGUCAUCCAGGUCAUUGAGCGCAAGAAGGACUUUCCGGGCACCAAGGUCCAGAUGAAGCCCAGCUUCGACAGUGACUCAGGCAAGCUGGAAAAGAUGCAGCUCAUCAUCAAAUGGGGCGGCGAGUUCUCCCAUGCGGCUCGACACCAGGCAAAGGACUUUGGGCAGAACAUGCGCAGGGACAUGAAUAUCAUGAACGACGCGGCACUCAAGAACUGCACCAUCUAUACGAGUUCCGAGAGAAGAGUGUCGGCCAGUGCAGAGAUCUUUGCCGCAGCACUGCUAGAAGACAAAGAGUCCAGCAGCAAUGAGCCGCUGCACCUCGUCAUUCGAAAGGAUCUGCUCGAUGAUAGCAAUGCGGCGAAGGACUUAAUGGACACCGUCAAGAAGCAGCUCAAGCAGUCGCUUGACCCGGACGCUGCUGGUGCAAACGAGCGGCCAACCCACUGGCCCAAGGAUCUUCCUCCACCAGCCGAGCUGUGUAAGCGCGUUGCCGAGCUUCUCAGGUCGCUGCACACCACGAUGCGGGAGAAUUGGAGCAAGCUGGACGUCAACAAGAUUCAGCUGCGAUGGUGCACUCACGAGACGCCGGCUCUAUUUCGAGAAAGGUGGGAGAAGCUGUUUGCUGAUUACGAGGACGAUCCUCAUGAUCCUGGAAGGACGUCGGAGCUGUACGACAUGCUGUCGCACGACGGCCUGCACAACCGUCCCUUCCUCGAGACAAUUUUUUCCGAUGCCAAGGACGCCGCCGGCGAGAAGAAGCUCGACCGCCUGCACGACCUCUACCGGAUGAGCUUGGCGCUAUUCAACUAUAUUUGCCCACAAGAAUACGGCGUGACCCCAGAGCAGAAGGAGCGGAUCGGUCUCCUUACUUCGCUCCCGCUGCUCAACCACAUCGUUUCCGCCUUGCGCGCCUCGGAAGAAGGCAGCUUGUGUAGCCUCUACUUUACAAAAGAGUCGCACAUCCAUACGCUCCUCAACCUCAUCCUCUCCUCGCACCUGCCGGUUGUCAUGCCUCGCAUGCCCCCGCUCGACUACUUCUCCUCCAUCACCUUUGAAGUCUUUGAGAAGACUGCCGCACCAGGCACAUCGUCUGGCUCCGCGAGUGGUGCUGCGUCGCCGAGGGAGCCCAAGUUUGACGAAACGCCGGGUCCGUCAUCUUCGUCGUCAUCGGGCUCGUCUUCGUCGAGCCCAGCGCCCGUUCGCCAGCGCUCGCUCCUCAUCUCCGUCUCCGAGGGCGCUCACUCGUCCAAUGUUCUCUCGAUCAAUCUUGACGCUCGACACGCACUCACGCCGCUCCCGCGGCGACCGCUGACGAAGCACAUUGAGCUACAGGAGGCCCUGCAGAAGCUCGAGGCACACAGCCUGCGCAUCCGUGAGCUCCAGGGCACAGAACACAUUGACACGCAGCGCGGACUGGUCGACGUCGUGGACGCUUCGACGGGUGAGCAGGACAGCGAGACGGGCCUGCUCCCAGUCCAGAAGAGGCGGGGUAGCGGCGACACGGAUCGCACGAGCGUUCGGACGGUCAACAUUUCGUAAAAUUACUCCCCAGCUCACCCAAGGAGAGCCAUGUAAUGCUAGAGACGUUCAAAUAGACAGCAUCUUUUCCACCCUUUGUUUGGUCAUCUGGAAUCGCAUCUUAGUCAAGUCAGACGCACGCAUCAACGAAG